AUGUUGAGCAGAGCCCUUUUAAUUAGACAAUCUAAGAGGUGCGUGGCGCAACUCUCGCACGUCAAGCCUCCGAAACAGAUCACUAAUGAGCCUGUGAAGCCCUUUUCUAACAAGGAUAUCCUUGACUGGGAUCUUUUGCGUGCUUCGAUCUCCAAGUUUAACAGCGCAUCCUUGGACGUGCCUCUGGUCAUCAAUGGUAAACGUAUCUACCAUAAUGAGGGCAGCCGCCAGUUCUUCCAGCAGACCAAUCCUGCCAAACACUCGCAGGUGCUGGCAAAUGUAACGCAAGCCUCGAAGCAAGACGUACGAGACGCAAUUCAGGCCGCCAAAAGCGCCAAGGAAAAGUGGUACAAAAUGCCCUUUUAUGAUCGCGCGGCCGUGUUCUUGAAAGCAGCAGACCUCAUCUCAACCAAGUACCGCUACGACAUGCUCGCUGCCACUAUGUUGGGCCAAGGUAAGAAUGUUUACCAGGCAGAAAUCGACUGUAUUACUGAAUUGGCCGAUUUCUUCAGAUUUAAUGUCAAGUAUGCUACAGAGCUCUACAAUCAGCAACCUUGCGAAUCCAGCCCCGGUGUAUGGAAUAAGGCGGAGUACAGGCCGUUAGAAGGCUUUGUUUAUGCUGUCACACCCUUUAACUUCACUGCCAUCUCCGGCAAUUUAAUCGGAGCGCCAGCAUUGAUGGGUAACACUGUCGUUUGGAAGCCAUCCCAGGCAGCUUCGCUCUCCAACUUUUUGUUGCUCACUGUGUUGGAGGAAGCAGGUCUCCCCCACGGUGUAGUGAACUUUGUUCCAGGGAACCCUGUUGAUAUCACCAACGAAGUCUUGGCAGACGAAGAGUUCUCAGCGCUGCACUUCACAGGAUCUACUGCUGUGUUCAAGCAACUUUACGGCAAAAUCCAGAGCGGCGUUGUCAACAAUCUUUACAGGGACUACCCUCGGAUUGUUGGUGAAACUGGCGGAAAGAAUUUCCAUCUCGUUCACCCAAGCGCGAGCUUGCCACAUGCUGUGCUAAGCACUUUGAGAGGCGCUUUCGAAUACCAAGGACAGAAGUGUUCUGCUGCAUCCCGUCUAUAUUUGCCCAAGUCUCAAAGUACCGAGUUCCUAGAAAAUCUGGUUGGUACUUUGGAGUCCGUUAAAACAGUCAAUACCUCCGCUUCUAAAAUCAAUGGUGGCGAUUUGCAUGGAUUCGUGGGUCCUGUCAUUCACCAGCAGAGUUUCGAAAAGUUGGCAAAUGCUAUUGAAGAGGCAAAGAAAGAUCCAGAGUUGGAAAUUCUAUGUGGCGGCAAAUACGACAAGAGCAACGGAUGGUUCGUCGAACCCACCAUAAUCAAAACAACCAACCCGCUUCACAAAUUCAUGUCUACCGAGUUUUUCGGCCCAGUGCUGACGGUUUACGAGUACCCUGACUCCGAAUUUAGCCAAAUUUGCGAGACCAUUGACAAGACCACAGCUUAUGGUUUGACAGGAGCCGUGUUUGCGCGUGACAGAGAGGCUAUUAUCCUGGCGGAUGAAAAGCUCAAGUACAGUGCUGGUAACUUCUACAUUAACGACAAAUGCACCGGCGCUGUUGUCGGACAACAGUGGUUCGGCGGUGCUAGAAUGAGCGGCACUGACGACAAAGCCGGUGGCAGCAACAUUCUAAGUCGCUUCGUUAGCAUCAGAAAUGUCAAGGAAAACUUCUAUGAGCUCAACGACUUCAAAUACCCUUCCAACUACGAGUAA